UUAAGUCUGGUGCUGGUGCAGAGAUGGAGAUGGAAAUCCCUGCCAAUGCAUGGCAAUGGCAACGGCAAUGGCAUCAUCUCCGAAGCGCCGCCGCCGCCGCCGCCAAGCCGCUCCUCGUCGUCAAUUUCCUGCUCCUAGCCGUCGGCACGGCCUGUGGCCCGCUUCUCCUCCGCCUCUACUUUGUGCACGGCGGUACCCGCAAGUGGCUCUCGAGCCUCCUCCAGACGGCCGGCUGGCCGCUCCUCCUCCUGCCGCUCUGCGCCUCCUUCUACUCCCGCUCCCGCCGCGGCCGCAGCCCAGAAGGAGUUGCCGUUGCCGGCGGCGUCCUCCUCAUGACGCCCCGCCUCCUGGCCGCGUCCGUCGUCGUCGGCCUCAUGACCGGCGCCGACAACUUGCUCUACGCCUACGGCCAGGCCUACCUCCCGGUCUCCACCUCCUCCAUCCUCAUCUCCACGCAGCUUGCCUUCACGGCCGCCUUCGCGCUGCUGCUCGUUCGCCACCGCUUCACUGCCUCCACGGUGAACGCGGUCGUGCUGCUCACCGUCGGCGCCGCCAUGCUUGGGAUGGACUCCGGAGGGGACCGGCCGACGGGCGUGUCGGGAGGGCACUACGCAGCUGGGUUCGGCACCACGCUUGGCGCCGCCGCGCUCUACGGCCUCAUGCUGCCCGUCAUGGAGCUCAGCCAGGCGUCGCACGACGGCGCGCUCACCUAUACCCACGUCCUUGAGAUGCAGGUCGUCAUCGGGCUCACCGCCACAGCCUUCUGCGCCGUCGGCAUGCUAGUCAACAACGAUUUCCAGGCAAUCCUAGGAGAAGCCCGAGAGUUCGAACUUGGGCAGGCGGGCUACUACCUGUUGUUGGUUGGUACAGCCGUGGUGUUCCAGUGCUUCUGCCUCGGCGCGAUCGGCGCCAUCUUCUACAGUUCAGCGCUGCUUGCCGGAGUCAUCAUCACCGUGCUCAUCCCUGUGACUGAGGUCCUCGCCGUUGUCUUCUUCCAUGAACCCUUUAGCAGCACCAAGGGCGUCGCCCUCGGGAUAUCGCUCUGGGGCCUCGCAUCCUAUUUCUAUGGUGAGGUGCCGAAUAAGGCACUAGAUACAGCUGAGCAACAGUCAAGUUUGUAUGACGUUCCCGAUUGUGAAAAUUGAAGGAAAAGACACAUGCUACUCAGAAAUAA